AUGCAACUUCUUCCCCUUCUUACAAGCUUUGAUCGUUCCAAGUUUGUUGAUGGCAGCUUCCCCGCACCGCCUCGUACUCUCGAUGGCGUCCAAUCGAACCCUGACUACAUUGCUUGGCGCCGUCUUGAUCAACUAGUCUUCUCUUGGAUCGCCGGCUCUCUCUCCGACUUUGUCCUCUCUCGACUGGUCGGCUGUUCCACGAUGCUUGAGGCCUGGACGCGUCUCGCCUCCACCUACGGCUCCGGCAACCGACAAACGUUACGCGGCCUGCGCACCCAGUUCAGCGAGCUUUCUCGUGGUACGAAGUCUUGUGCUCCAUACCUUGCUCGUGCCCAUGACCUCGCUGACCGCCUUGCUGCCCUGAAUAACCCGAUCUCUGACGAUGAAUUGGUUGAUCGUUGCCUUCGUGGCCUCGGCGACGAGUUCCUCCCAUUUGUUCGCACCAUUGAAACCAAGCUGGAGCCUCUCUCCUUUGCUGAUUUUCACGGCCUCCUUCUCAAUGAAGAACAUCGGCUCCGCCGCCGUAGUCCUAUUUCUGAUGGUGGUCCCGCCCAAGCAAAUUAUGGCCGUUAUGGCCGGCGUGGCGGCACCCACCUCUAUGGCAGCCGUGGGCGUGGUCAUUUUUCGGACGCGGCCGUGGAUCGAGCUACAGCGGCGGUGGCCACUCCUCUUACCCCUCUGUUUUCCCCUCUUCUUUUGCAGGACCAAGCCACGCAGCAGGGAUAA